CCGGUAUUAAUGCCUUAUCAAAAUCAAUUUAAUACGUUAUCAAAAUCAAUUCUUCUGUUAGCUGGUAUUGAAACGCAUUAAAAUCUGUACAAAAUCAUAUCUAAACUGCUUCUCCCAUCUCUCCCAAAAUCAGAUCUGAACAAGUAAAUAGAAAUAAUUCUCCCAAAACCCAAUCUCCGAAAAUCAGAUCGAAACAAAUCACAUCCAAAAUAAUUCUCCCAAAAUCAAACUCAAACCAUUUCUCCAAUUAAGAAGGAUAUAGGCACGGUGGAUCUCCAUCGUCUUCUCCAUGCUCGAUGUACGGCGAUUGCAACAGCAGCCGGGAUGAGCUCAUCGAGGCACUGUGCCUAUUCAGAAGGCGAUGAAAGAUGACUAAGGCUACGAGGGGGAAAGGCGAAUGGUGUGUGAGCGAGAAAUCCCCAUUCAGAAGCAGAGGAUCGACUCUCUCCUCACAGCUUCCAAAAUUCGAUUCGAUUCGGCGAAGUUUGAAGCGCAAAAAACCAUGCAGACUCAAGUUUUUUAUAUGUUUUUUGUUGUAGAAGCUUCACUGUCUUUGCCCUGACUGAUGUCGCGUUUUCGGAUCUCAAAUAAAACCUGUGUGGUUCUUUUCGCCGGGAUGGGUCAGGAUUGUGCGAGUCCCACAGGGGUCUUGAAGCGCCAUCCUUUCCCUGGGCCCGGCCUUGCAGUACGUGUUCCUGGUGAUGUUACUUUGGGCAAUCGUUUGGACAUCCUGCGCAAGAAACGGUUUAAGCGUGGCAAAAGAACACAACAUCCAGUACAUUGCAUUUACUGCUAUCUCAUGUAUCUUUAUGAUGAAGUUGCAGCUUACGCCUUAUCUAUAAUCAAGGAAUUUGCAGGGGGCUCUGAAGAGGUGCAUUUUGUUCUUAUGUAUGAGGAAUUACUUGAAUAUCCCGGUGGCGGAGACUCCGCACACCAAAGCCUUUAUUUUGAGAGGGGUUGUUCCACCGGUAGUUUCAUUGUGCCUCAUUUUUAUGGAAAAUUCCUAAAUGCACCAUGGAUCUUUAAGGAUAAGAUGAAGAUAUUGUACGGGAGAAAAGAUGUCAGCCCUACAAAAAAAGAAACCCAUAUUCUUCUAAAUUCAAAUCAUCGAUUGGAUGAGAAUGAUACCAAGAGAGAAGAAAUUUUUUUAAUCAAGCGCAUGGAGAAGGGCAGAACUAAAAAGGAAAAUGAGAGGAAGCAACUGGAUAGGAGAAAUAGCUCAAGCGGUUGCAUGACAAGGUAGAAAAUGAAUAAACGCGACGCGUGAAAGAAGAAAAUGAAAUUCAGAAACAGCUGAAAAGACAACAAAAGGAGACUGAGAGAGACCAAAGAAAGGAAACUAAGUUAUGAGUCAAGAAACCGUCUUGCUCUCCAAAAAUAAUCGCCAAUGAAGAAGUCUUUCAGUCAUUUGCACAUUUGUACAUAUAUGAUAUCGAAAACGAAAUUUAAAAAAGAAUGAAUGCUGUGAGGCAAAGAGAUGGUGACAACAACUUGGAUUGAAACAAAUCUUAGACGAAAACAACGAGCUGGUCAAGUCAUUUCGCAUGGCUAGCAAAAGGAUGCAGAACCACGAUCAGCCUAAUGUCAGAAUACGUCUAAUAGGAAAAAGAUACAAUGAUGCCAGACGCUAUAAUCUACCCGCAAGCUUUGAAGUUGCUACGUUGAUUAUCAGAG